CAGGUAGAUGACAGACAGCAAAAACAAAGAGCACUUGUAGAAUACGAAGAGAUGGGACCAAGAAGUUGAUACUUAGAGAAUAAAAUACAGCAAAAACACCAGUUUUCAAACAGCGAAUAGAACCAGAACAGCCUCUGAAAAAAGAAGUUUGGAAAAUGAGAAACAGCUCCAUCAUUCUACACACACAAAGAAGAUGACAUUAUGUCUAAUUCAACUAACGCAACAAAUCCAUGUGUAUCAGGCACUCUUUGUGGGGUGCUUUUUUAUGAAGUCGAACUGAUCGUUAUUCCUGUGCUGUUUCUCCUGGCUUUUCUGGUCACACUGAUCAUUUUGUUUGUGCUCAAAUGCUCCUAUAAGCCCUCACAUCUUUAUGGACACCACAGAAAUGAAAAAGAUGAAACACAACACCAUCAUAACACACACAGACACCGUAACAGCAAUAGACAGCACCUGCAAGGCAUUGACGCUCCAGCAGAGCUGAACCCAUUGGAACAUGAGGUUAUUCCCAUGACAGCCCAACCUCACCAUGACCUGCAGAAUUCAAGCCCUGCAGUACCUCAGCAAACCACCGCGAGGCAUCCGGACCUCUUUCAGCUGGUCUCUCCACUUCCUCUCACCUUCUCAGUAAAACCAGACAACACGGUCACAUUGCACAGAGCUGUCAUGGACAGACAGCCAGUCGUUUUACGAGUGCUUAAAGAAUCAGCCAAUGCCAAAGAGCGCCAGUCCUUUCUGGGGUUUGCCCACUUCCUUUCAGAGUUGGGACCGCAUCCAUCAUUGCCCAAAUUGCUAGGGGUGGUGUCUGUGCAGACACCGUUGAUGAUUGCCGUAGAGGAGCUGGAACACCGUGACCUGCUGAGCUUCCUGUGGAGGUGCAGACAGGACCACACAGGUCAGGAGGCACCGUGUGACAUGACUGAAAGACGAAUCCUUACCAUGGGCGCUCAGAUUGCAUCUGCUCUGGAGUAUCUGCAUAGUAAGAACUACAUCCAUGGCAAUGUCAAGGCUCAAAGUGUCUUGGUUGGUCGGGACCUGUCGGUCAAGCUCUGGGGUUUGGGUCCGGCAUAUCGCAGAAAAAUGAGUGCAGCCUCUAUAGAUGCAGAAGAUAUAGAAAUGAGAAAAUGGCAAGCUCCAGAAGCAUUAGCACGACAACCUCUCCAGCAAAGCAGCGACAUAUGGUCCUUUGGCAUUUUGCUGUAUGAGAUGUUGACAUUAGGAGAUCCGCCCUUUCCCAACAUCAUGGCCAGCGAACUUCUGCAGCAUUUACAGAGAGUGAACACACUAAAGAGACCACCCAACUGCUCUAAUACACUAUAUUCUAUUAUCAAAUCCUGCUGUCAGUGGAAACCAAAGGAUCGAGUCUCAGUGGCUGAGCUGACCAGAAAGCUCCAAUCAGGAGAGAGAAGCGCCAAUGAUCAGACAGUGCUGCGAGUGACUGAGCCGCUGGACAUGGAGAAAUACAUACGGGAGGCGGGCUAUGGAGAAUCAUACAACUAUGCUGUGCUCUAAUGAUCCCUUUAUGUACUUGAUCAAUCCAAGACUCACCAAAAGAGCAGCGCACGAGCUAUGAAUAAAUGAACAGUUAAGGUUUGAGAUUAGCACUUUCAAAGGAUUACAGAGAGCCAGUGCUUGUUACAGACAGUGACAUCACUCUAUCAAAUUUAAACAAGCACAUUAUCUCAUCAAGCAAGCAUGUGCUAUUAUUCAGAGCUUUAGAUUAAGGAUAAAGGCUAAAAGCUUAAUUGCAACACAAAUGAGAACGAGGGGAUGUUAUGUAAAAGGUUAUGCAAGAUUGUGUCAUACACAUAUGAAAUUUGCAGCUAAUAGACAAAAGCUACAAUGUAAACAUGUAUGAAACAACACACACACACACAAACUGUGUCUAAGUCAGUAAUAAUUCAGGUAUUGUGAUUUAACUUAUUAUUUAUUUAGGUUGGACUAUACUGUACCACUUUGUUCACUGGUACAGCUAAUUCAAAUGGUAAUUUAAAAUUAUAUUAUUGGUAUAUUUAUUGGUAACUGGAUAACUGGUAACUGUAUAUUUAUUGGUAAGGCUAUUGUAUUAUAAUGUAUUUAAAAUACACUAUUUAUUCAUGCAAAUUUACUUUUUGUCAGUUUAGUCAUCGUUAGUACGUGCAGUUGUAAAUAAUAAUGGUCACCUGACCUGUUCAAAAUUAGGCCUACUUUUAAAUAUUCUUUAAAUAUUCAUUUUCCACUUACACCAAGACUGCGGUGUUGGUCCGUGGGGGAAACUGAAGUAACUACAGUACGUUAGGUUUUAUAAUAAUCCUUCAAUAAAUGCGAUUUCAUCUGUA